UCUCAGCAGAAAACCAUGUUUCAGUCGCAGCAAUCAGGUGAACAUCCUUAUUAUUCGUCUGUGAAGAGUGGAUGGCAAGUAUGUGACAUAUCUAUUGCGAAGCUGUCAGGAGAUGUUCGCAAACUGAAUGAAUCACUUAUGUCCCUCACCAAACAGACUCAGGAAAAUCAUUUGCAUCAAGCUAGAGUCAUUGAGGGAAUGGAGAAUAAGAUUUCUAGACUUGAGAGUCGGCUUAGUAAGCACACAUCUGAACAGCACUUAAAAGUGGACUCUAUUGGGAUUGAGUCCACGCAGUCAAUGGCUCUUUUAGCUACAAAAACAAAGACUCAGUUUGAAGAAAUGCAGAGAGCAAUAGAUACCAUGAGGAUGAAAGGUCAUUCUGAGCAUCAGCUUGUUGAAAGAGGAUUAUCAGCAAUGGUUCAACUAGCAGUCAGUAAACGGGAUUCCCAACAGGAACACUUUGCAGAGAAGAUUUUAAAUCGACUUGACGCAUUAGACAAAGUUGUAGUGAAAAUUGAAGGAAGCAUAUAUGCUCAAUCUGAUAAGCUCAAAACAAAGCUUGAGGAUAAAAUGAAGAGAUUUGAGUUGCAAGUCCAGCAGAAACAAGAUGUACUUGAGAAUGAAUUGAAACAGGAUAUGGAAGAUAUUGAGCAACAACAUGACGCUGGAUUUAAGAGAGUUAAAGACAGUAUGGCAACCAUGAGAACUGUUUUAGAGGGAAAACAACAACUCCUUGCGGAAAAUCUACACAAACAAUUAGCUAAUGUGAAGAAACUGGUUGUUCUGACUUGAAUGUAACCAUCGAGAACUGUAAAACACACAUAUCUUGACAUGUUUCAUGAUCAUCAAUGAUCGACGGAGGAAGAAAUAUAUAUACAUGUACCUACAAUUACAGCACAAUUACAGCUUUGUCUGGCUAGAGUUCACCAUCAGUCACAUCACUACCACUGGGGGUCUGGACCAUGGUUAUGGUGUGGAUGCCCACGGCUCAACUUGCCAUGGGUUGGUUCCUAUGCUGUUAGUAACUCUGGUUGUCCCAGACUCUGGUUGUCCCAUUUUCUGCAUGUAGCUGACAUUGAAUUCCUUCCAAUGCAUCAGAGUGUAGCAGCUAUCAGGGGACAUGGACUAUAACAAUUAUAUAACACCCAAGCAGAUCCUUGCCAUUUGAUUGGAGGAUUGUACGUCACGUGAUACACAUGUAGCAAAUAAAAGUACUAUUGCACGCUACGUCACUCACCGUGCAUUUUUCGUUCCAUUCUGAAAUGUUGAGUAAAAACAUCACUGCAUGUGCAUGUCUUUGGUAACGCAGCAGUAAUACUGCAAGGCAAAUUCGGCGUCUGCGUGUCUCAAAAUAGCUGUACAGAGAGCACAUUGUCACUGUUGGAUCCAACAGGCCGACCCAAAAGAAACGGUGUAAUUUUCACAAUUAAAAAUUGUAGGCCUACGCUUUGUUUGUUUUGAAAGUUGCAUCCUCCAAUCAAAAUGACAAAGAUCUACUUGGAUGUUAUAUAAUUAAUGUUUUUAAUUCAUGCAAUAGUGCAAAUAUUUUCAUCCCUUGCUGGAAUGUUACUUGUAAGCUGGAAUGUUCGAUUCAACUCGGCUCUGCCUCGUUAGAUAGAACAUUCCAUCUUUCAUCUCAUGAACAUAUUCGCACCAUUGCACUCACAAACAUUCAUUAUUUGUAUUUAU